GCACGCAGAUCAAACCAGUUUGAUUCGCGAAGUAAACAAACAAACACCUCUAAAGACAUAUCACACCAACCGCGCCGGCUGAGAGCCAACUAUGGAUACGUUAAAUAUAAAACCGUUAAGUAAGGAUUUAGAGUGGUCUCUGGACGCGCCCUCGGGCGGCGGCAUGGAGGCCACUGGUGCGGGCGGGCCCGAGGCGGUCCCCGCACCGAUCGCUUGCUCAUCGGGCGAGGAGCGCGCGCUGCGCCGCGUCGUGGGUCGCUGGGGUGCCGAGUGGUUGAGCUGACUCGGCUCCGAGCAACGCGCCGCCGGCAGCUGGCCUGCCGACCACCCCCUGCCGCCGCCGCGCUGGGGGGCGCCCCGCCCCGCCCUGCGACUGUCCCUCCGACAGUACGAGGACCUGGUCGCUAAGGCGGAGGCGCUGUUGAGCCGUCUCGUCGUCUCAGAAAACUAUGACUCCAUCAACAACUUUAUAUCUCUGUAUGACGCCUACAUGGCAGCCCCGGAUGCGACCCUGGCGGAGUACUUCCCCAAGUACAACCCGCCGAUCCGUCCCCACAAGCAUACAUGUGUUGGCCUAGCUAUGGAGGUCGCAAAGUGUCUCAAAGGCUUAGAAAAGGAUUUCCCUGGAAUCUCCAAGUCUAUGAUGCUUGCAUCCUGUGACGAGAACAUCGAAGACUUAGUUGACUACGCCACCUUCAGUCCUGGACCUCAGGGAUUCCUGAUCGAGACUGAGAAGGACCACGUGAUGCUGGCUAUACACGUCAAGGUUGAUGGAAGGCCCGGCGUGUUCCUGUCGGACUUGGGGUACCAUAUUGCCCGCGUCGUGACGGUGAUGGCUGACCGUUGCUACCCACAUACUGGCUGGUUCACACAAUCGGACGAGCCGCAUUGCCGCAAGGAGUACAACUACCAGUUCAACACUAUGAACACCAACUACGUGGAGUGGCACGAGCGGGAGACGAGGGGCGCCACCGUCAAGGAGCGCCUCUCUCUCGUGUACGUCGCUAAGGCGUACCUCACCGCCGUCAGCGUCACCGAGAAGAGGAACAUCGUUUGGGACUUGAGGAGUCUUCUAGCCAGGGACCCCAAAGGUCAUCUAACUGCCGGUAUCUACUUCCCUGUGAAGAUCAAGGACCAACAGUUCACAAUAUUCUUCGACUCCAACAAUGGAAAAAUUAGGAAGAAGCUGAAAUUCGACACAUUCUUGAGAUUGCAAAAGAUUCCUGAUGAAGUAGUAGAUGAAGUGGAGCAGUGCAACGACCAGCUUCACCUGCGCGAUGGAGAACUGCUGUCCGUCCUGAACAAGCUUGCAACCAUCAUGGCUGACGAAGAAUACAUGGUGGAACUGAAGGAAGUCAACGACAAAAUCGUCCAACUAUCAGCUGGGAACUAAACGGAAACACCGAUGUCGGCUCAUACUGUCAGCAACAAAAUUCUAUUAACGCAAUUUGAUUUUCUGAUGACUAUAAUUUGGUAUCAAAAUCAAACCUCUUUCGUUACUAGCUAGCACGACAGUACUCUUUAAAUUGAAUCGUACUGUUGUUUGGAUAAUUUGAUUGUGUUAACUGACUUUUCUUGCUGAUCGUACAUUAGAUAUUCAGUAUUUGAUGGAGUACGCAUUAGGAUUUUCGUAUAUGGAUUAGCUGUAGUGUUCACAUCAUUGUAGAGAUGUGCCGUCGUAACAACUUCUAGAUCACUUAAGUGCCUCACAAUUUUCACAUUUUAGAUAUUUCUGUAGUUGCAUUUUGUAGUUUGUCUUUCACAUUAUGUAUUUCUUGAUGUUAAAUCUUUGUCAUAUUUAGUUUCAUGACUAUGUAGGUUGAUUAUGGUUAUUUUAAUUAGAGUUGUUUUGAGUUGCUUGUUAGUCGUGUCGUAGAUGAAAGUACUGAGACGAGUAAUGAGAUACGGUUCAACUUGGGAAAAUAAAAAUUAUAAAAAAA